AUGACCAGCUGCUUCUGGACUCGGCCUUAUCAGUGGCCUGAAUCCUACUACCAGGUCCCUGUCUCUGGCACCUUUCCACAAUCCUAUGCCAGACUGCCCGUCAGUGGCACGACUCAACCUCAGGUCAUUCCAACUGUGUAUCCCCAGACGUAUCAGUACCCCCAGAUGUAUCAGUACCUGCAGCCUCUUCAGACGAUGGCGUACCGACAGCCUCAGCUCUGGUACCAAGCGUACGUCAAUUAG